CGCCUCAAUGCAUAGACUUCUUUUGGAGGAGGAGGGGAAGCCUCGUCCAGCGUUGCUAACGGAUGCCUCAAAGCAAGAACCAAAGGAAAUGGUGAAGCCUCCAAGAUCAUUUUGGAGGAGAAAAUGGACUAAAUUAGACAAACGCGUUGCUCAUGUUAUUUUACUUUUGCAUCUCCUUUGUAUUUUGGCACCAUUUCAUUUCACCUGGCCUGCAUUUCGGGUAGCCGUCACAUUGCAGAUUAUCACGGGUCUUUUUGGAAUGACUAUAUCGUACCAUAGAAAUCUUGCUCAUAAAAGUUUCCAAAUUCCUAAAUGGCUCGAAUAUUUGUUUGCUUAUUGUGGAGUUCACGCUCUUCAGGGUGAUCCAAUUGAUUGGGUAAGUACGCAUAGGUGUCACCAUCAAUUUGUUGAUACCGAACGAGACCCACAUAGCCCUAUUCAAGGGUUUUGGAUGAGUCAUAUAAUGUGGCUUUUCGAUUCCUACACUUUGACCGACAAAGUUUCUCCAAAGUAUUCUAGUGAUCUUCAGAAGAUAGAAAAAAACAUGUUUGUAUAUUUCUCGAAGUAUAGAAAACCCGAGAACGUUGGCGACCUGGAGAGACAAACCUUUUAUAGAUUUAUUCACAAGACUUAUCUUCUCCAUCCCAUGGCUCUUGCAGCCAUACUCUACACCGUUGGAGGAUUUCCUUUUCUUAUAUGGGGAAUGUGUGUUAGGAUCGUAGUGAUAUUUCACUCAACAUUUAUGGUGAAUUCGGUAUGCCACAUGUGGGGACAACAACAUUGGAGAACGGGCGAUUUGUCAAGAAACAAUUGGUGGGUUGGUUUGACUUCAUUUGGAGAAGGAUGGCACAAUAACCACCAUGCUUUUAAGUAUUCGGCUAGGCUUGGGCUUGAAUGGUGGCAACUUGACGCUGGUUGGUAUGUUAUUAGGAUUUUACAGGUCAUUGGAUUGGCUACUGAUGUAAAAUUACCCUCUCCAGCCCACAUGCAAGCCCUAGCUUUGAACAAACCAGAGGAUCAUCUUUUAAAAUGA